GGCAGGCAGGCCGCCGCUGCGCCGGGCGCGCCGGAGGUGUCGGGCAUCCUGCGGCUCUCCGCGCGCGCGCCCGCGCCCGGCGCCGCGGCCCUUCGCGCAGGGCUCGCGGCCCUCGUCGGAGCGGACCCUGGCCUCGUCGACGUGCGCCUGCUGGCGGCAGCGGCGCAGCCAGCCCGCGGUGGCGCCUCUGUGGCCCUCGCGGGCCGCCGGCUGCGGCAGGGAGCGCCCGGGCCCCGCCUGUGGACGGCGCAGUUCGCGGUCCGCUUCGGGCCCGGGUCCCGCCAGCGGGACGCGGACCUCAUGGCGUCUGCGCUCGAUCGCGAGAGUCUCGCGAAUGUCACCGGCAACAUCGGGCGCGCCCUGUCAGCGCAGGGCGCGCCCAGCGGCGGCGUGGUCGUCGUGGGGCUCAGCGCCAAGGCCUGCGUGGAGAUCGGGGAUCACAGGUACGAAGACAACUGGGGCCAGUCACUCCACGUCCACCAGGAGCGGUGCCAGAUCUGGUUCCUGUACAAGGGCAGCAACACCACCGGCGUGCUGUCGGGGAGCACGGUGAACGUGGCGGGCUGGGCUUCGGGGGCUGUUCAGCAGGACGAGAACGUAGAGUUCUCAGACGGCGGCUGGUGGAAGUUGAUGCACGCGGCCGCGCCGACGCUGGGCCCGACGCCAAGCCCCACUUCGCAGCCGACGCUGGGUCCGACGCCGAAUGCUACUCCGCAGCCGACGCCGAUCUCGACGCCGGGCCCGGCGCAGGGGCCGACGCGGAGCCCGACGCACAGCCCGAAGCCGAACCCCACUCAGCAUCCGAGACGGAGCCCAGCGCCGCGCCAGACGCCGCAGCGCCCGACACCGAGCCCGACGGCAGACGUCGCGGCGCUGAGCCCAGCGCAGAGCCCAACGCAAAGCUCCACGGAGAGCACGACGCCAGCUCCGACGCCAAGCCCCACUCCGCAUCCGACACAGAGUCCGACUCUGAAUCCGACGCCGGGCCCGACGCAGAGCGCCACUCCGCACCCGACGCAGAGCACGAGGCAAAGCCCGACGCCGAGCCACACCCCACAUCCGAGACAGAGUACAGCGCAGGACCCGACGCAGAGCCCAACGCUGGGCUCGGCGCAGAGGCCGACGCAGAGCCCGACGCCGGACCCGACGCCCAACCCUACCCCUACCCCGCACUCGAGACAGAGCCCGACGCGAAGCCUGACGCCAGGCCCGACGCCGAGCCCAGCCCCCGCCGAGCGCACAUCGGCAGGCCGUCCGAAGCCAGGCCCUGCCCCGCGGCCGGCGCCACGGCCGACCCCUGCCACGCCGCCCGAGGGUUACGAGGUGUGCGUGUGGGGAAAGUGUGACGCCGGCGACUGCGGGCAGAGGAGGUGCCUCAGGCCCAGCUGCGACGGCGGCGGCUGCGACCAGCGCGGCUCCUUCGAGCCGACGUGUGCGGCUGGCAGCUGCGACCAGCGUGACGCCGUGCGGCCGUCGUGCACGGGGGGCAACUGCAGGCAGAGAGGGGCCUCGGGCCCCGGCUGCGCCGGCGGCAACUGCCCUGUCUUGUUGAGGGCCGCGCCUCCGCGCUGAGCGCCGCGGCUGGGUGCGCCCCCAGGCGGUGGCCCAGCCUCCCGAGAAGCCUCCGGACCAGGAGCUCGGGCCUCUGCAGGAGCGCGUUGCUCGCGUGGCCGCAGGCAGUGGGAUAGUUCCUGGCCGUGCAUCGCGGAGGUUCCGCAUCGGCGGUCCUGGCCUCUUGCCAGGCUUCCGCUCGAAGCGACGGCCUGCUGAAUUUGCUCUGGCGGACGCUCCAAGGGCGCGCCUCCUGCUUUGCAGCGGCCGUCGGCUGUUUCGUGGCGUGUCAUUGUCAGUCGGGCAUGCAUCCGCGCGCCCUGGGGGGUGGGCGAGCUUUUUGUCGUUUAGGACAACCCCUGCCCUGCCGCGGAGGAAGAGGGGUUGCGUUGGAGGCGCGGCCCCCGAUCCGUGGCGGCAGUUGGCAGCUGGAGGCGCCCGCUCGUUAGCUCGAAGCACAAACGCCGGCAUGAUUUCCCGGAGGUUCGCGCGGAUUUCUAGGAUCGGCGCUGGGCUCUUCGGCGCCGCCCCUGGCGCGCUGCGCCGAUCCAAGAAAUGCACGCACACCUUCGAGGAUUUACGCUCGUGCAGUUUUUGCUGUUCCUCUGCUAUAGAAGUGCUAUCGUGUUCGAUCUCGACCGCCUACCUUCCUUCCUUGUUCCUACCCCCAUCGUUCAUGAUUCGCCGGAUUCCCCUCCUCCCCCUCGCCCUCCCUUCGACCAGGCCGAGCCCAUCGCAUUAGCAGUGAUGGUUUCGAUAAGAGUCUGCACGUCAGGAGGCUUGGGACCGUCUGCUUUUUUGUGCCGACCGCGCACGGAAGAUCUGGGCACGCUGAGCGCGAGCAGGCGAUGCUGCCGCUUGCUGCAGGCCAGGGGAGACCAGAGGGCAUGGUGUU